CAUUCCUUAACACCUUGAAGGCAUUGGUGACAAUGAUAACCUGGAGGUAUAAAUAUCUGGAGGUGAAAAGCCAGACACUAUUCCCCAGCCCAGCUCCAAUCAGCAACCAUGAAGACCCUCAUCUUCCUCGCUUUCCUGGGAGCUGCUGUUGCUUUCCCCACCAGCAGUGAUGAUGAUGAUGACAAGAUCGUCGGGGGCUACACCUGCACAGCACACUCUGUGCCCUACCAGGUGUCCCUGAACUCUGGCUACCACUUCUGUGGGGGCUCCCUCAUCACCAGCCAGUGGGUGGUGUCUGCAGCUCAUUGCUACAAGUCUUCCAUCCAAGUGCGUCUGGGAGAACACAACAUUGCUGCCACUGAGGGCACCGAGCAAUAUAUUAGCUCUUCCAAAGUCAUUAAGCAUUCUUCGUUCAGUUCAUCCACACUGAACAACGACAUCAUGCUGAUUAAACUGAGCAAGGCUGCCACCCUCAACUCCAACGUGGCCACAGUCAGUCUGCCAACAUCCUGUGCAUCUGCGGGAACUCAGUGCCUUGUCUCUGGCUGGGGCAACACCCUGAGCAGUGGCACCAGCAUGCCAUCUCUCCUGCAGUGUCUAAAUGCACCCAUCCUCUCUGAUUCCUCUUGCAAGAGCUCCUAUCCCAACCAGAUCACCAGCAACAUGUUCUGCUUGGGCUUCCUGGAGGGCGGAAAGGACUCCUGCCAGGGUGACUCUGGUGGCCCCGUGGUCUGCAAUGGAAAACUCCAGGGUAUCGUCUCCUGGGGCUAUGGCUGUGCCCAGAAGAACAAGCCUGGAGUCUACACCAAGGUCUGCAACUACGUGAGCUGGAUUCAGCAGACCAUUGCUGCCAACUAAAACCCCUUUGACUCUCCACAGUCCACCCUGUUAAUUAACUUUUGUUUAGUCCCUGAAAACAGUAACUAAAUAAAAACCUUUUUCAGCACCACGUUUGUGAAGAAUGGUCCUUUGUUAGAACUAUUGA